AUGAAAGCAACCGAAAAGACGGCAGACUCCUUCCAGGAGCAUGCCUCAGGACAAUCCAACAAGCCUCUCUCUCGACCACCUCACUCUUUGGAGGCUGCUCAGGUUCUCGAAGAACUCCAUGUCGACGCAACCCAAGGGUUAGACCCCGACGAUGCCAUCCGUCGGUUGGCCGAAUUGGGGCGCAAUGAGCUUCGUCAACAAAAGGGCGUUCAGCCUUUGAAAAUCUUUCUCGAGCAGAUUUUCAACGCCAUGACUCUGGUCCUCCUACUAGCACUCGGCGCAAGUUUCGGCAUCCAAGCCUGGAUCGAAGGCGGCAUUCUAGGCGGCAUCAUCAUCCUAAACAUCUUCAUCGGCUUCUUCCAGACCCUCCAAGCCGAGAAGACAAUCAACUCGCUAAAGAACCUCGGCAAGCCGACAUGUAAGGUUGUACGGGACGGCAAGACGAUCGAGAUACAGACGGCCGACGUAGUACCUGGAGACAUCAUCGACUUGAACACGGGUGACUCGGUGCCGGCGGAUAUCAGACUCAUUGAGGCAGUCAACCUGGAGGCGGACGAAGCGUUACUUACGGGAGAGUCCGCACCUGUCUCCAAGAUGCCCAACUCGGUGUUUGACGAAGAUAUGGGCCCUGGGGAUCGACUUAAUGUGGUGUACAGCUCCACGGUCAUCACGAAGGGUCGCGGGCGCGGCGUCGUGUUUGCUACUGGCAUGUUUACCGAGAUUGGUCUCAUUGCUGGUGCAUUGAACGGCGGCUCGGGAGAUAAGUCUCGGGUGAAGCGCAACGAGGAUGGGAGCGCUUCGAUCUUUGCGUACUUUGCCGCUGGAUACACGGCUACCAAAUCGUGGAUCGGUGAGUUCCUGGGACUUACCAUCGGCACGCCAUUGCAAAGGAAGCUCUCUCAGUUAUUUCUGUGGCUGUUUCUGUUUGCUAUUAUCUGCGCCAUCGUUGUUCUUGGCGUCAACAAGUUUGAUUCUCGCAAGGAUGUGAUUAUCUACGCAGUCACUACCGCGAUUGGGACGAUUCCUGUUUCUUUGUUACUUGUCCUGACUGUCACCAUGGCUGCUGGCACCAAGAAGAUGCUUGAGAGACACGUCAUUGUUCGGAAUCUGUCCAGUCUGGAAGCGCUUGGAGGAGUUAGCAAUAUCUGCUCCGACAAGACCGGUACGAUUACCCAAGGACGUAUGGUAGUCCGAAAGGCAUGGCUUCCGGGCUGCGGCACGUACUCUGUCCACACCACGAACGACGUAUACAAUCCUUUUGCUGGUGAAGUCCAGUUUGCGGCUGGCCAACCAGAGGACAUCGGCUCCGUCUCCGAGAAAGAGCACGAUCUACGGGCCGAGCCGAUUGAUACGCACCACGAGCCUGCGACGAAGCCUGCUCUGCAAUGGUUCUUGAAUGUCGCGUCGCUAGCAAAUCUGGCAACGUUAAAGCAGGCCGUAGACGAUCCCGCCAGCUCUGGGGAGUGGACAGCUAGCGGAGCACCCACUGAGAUUGCUAUUGAGGUGUUUGCGUCCCGGUUUGGCUGGAACAGAUUGCAGCUGUCCCAAGGCUCAGAAGCUUCUUGGAAAGAAAUUGCAGAGUUUCCCUUUGACUCGGAUGUCAAAAAGAUGUCUGUCAUCUUCAAGGAUGUGGCCUCGGAAGAGAUGCAUAUCUUCACAAAGGGCGCUGUCGAGCGUGUCUUAAGGUCUUGCAGCACUAUCGCGUACGGUGACGAUACCCGCACUCUGACCGACCGCUAUAGAGAAGACAUCAUAUCCAACAUGGAGGUGCUGGCCGGCCAAGGUCUACGUGUUCUCGCGCUCGCACAUCGAACUCUUAGCAGUGACCUUUCGGAAGCCCAAUUUGCAGACGGCAAAGCCCCAAAUCGCAACAACUUCGAAACUGAUCUCACCUUCCGCGGCCUCAUCGGCAUCUACGAUCCUCCCCGUCCCGAGUCCCGGCCUAGUGUUGAGAUGUGCCAAGGAGCUGGCAUCGUCGUCCACAUGCUCACCGGCGACCACCCCCAGACAGCCCGAGCCAUCGCCACAGAAGUUGGCAUCCUGCCGCCGCCCGAAAAGCUCCGGCUCCUCGCUGCCGACGUUGCCGAGGCGAUGGUCAUGCCCGCACACGAUUUUGACGCCCUGACUGACGCCCAGAUCGAUGACCUGCCGCAGUUGCCUCUAGUGGUGGCGCGAUGUGCACCGAGUACCAAAGUUAGAAUGAUUGAAGCGCUUCACCGCCGCGGUCGGUACGUAGCCAUGACUGGCGAUGGAGUCAACGACAGCCCGAGUCUGAAGCGGGCCGAUAUUGGCAUCGCCAUGGGCUCCGGAUCGGACGUGGCGAAGGAGUCUUCCGACAUCGUCUUGACGGAUGAUAACUUUGCGUCCAUUCUGAACGCCAUCGAGGAAGGCCGCCGGAUCUUUGACAAUAUCCAAAAGUUCAUCCUCCACGUCCUGGCGGCAAACAUUGGAUUUGUGAUUGCGCUGCUUACGGGGUUGGCGUUCAAGGACGAGACUGAUACGUCGGUCUUUCUGUUGUCGCCUGUGGAGAUUCUGUGGAUGUUACUCGGUACGGGUGCUUUCUGUGAGACUGGACUUGGAUUUGAGAAGGCGGUGCCAGACAUUCUUAAACGACCGCCACAAAAUCUCAAAUACGGCGUCUUCACGCACGAAUUCAUCCUCGACAUGGUGGUCUAUGGACUCAUUAUGGCAGGCUGCGUCCUCGGAGCCUUCACCUUGGUUGUAUUCGGCUUCAACGGCGGCAACCUCGGUAUCGAGUGCAACAACGCCUACUCUACAGCCUGCGAGCCCGUAUUCCGCGCUCGUGCCACGAGUUAUACGACCAUGACCUGGAUCUUCCUCCUCUUCGCAUGGGAGCUUAUUGAUUCACGCCGGUCUCUCUUCUACAUGCCAGCGGGUUUCAAGGCUUGGGGCCAGCAUCUGUGGGGUAACAAGUUUCUCUUUUUGUCUGUGACAGUUGUCUUUUUUGUUGUGUUUCCGACACUGUACAUACCCGUGUUGGAUCAUGUGGUGUUUAUGCAUCAUGGAAUCAGCUGGGAGUGGGCGAUUGUGUUUGUCGAUGUUUUCAUCUUCAUGGCUGGUGUCGAGGCCUAUAAGUGGGUGAAGAGAGUUUACGCAAGGAGAAUGUUAGCCAAGGUUGACAGCGGAUUUGCGGAGUCGAACGGAGCUCAAGUAUAG